UUGGUCCAGCUUCGCCUCCGUGAGGCUCAUCUGGCCGGCAAUUGUCCUUGUCGAGAAGUCUCUCCUCGUUAUCAUGCCGCCUUUGUCGCGGGUGAAAGAAUUUCUCAGCUUAGUCGAGAGACGGAUGGUCUUUUAGAGACUUUAGGUCAACUCCGGCUUCAGAUAAAGAGCUCUCAGUCAUCGGAGGCACGAUCAGGUGAGCACAGACUGACAUCUUGA